AUGAGACUAUACCGCCAAACCUGCGAAUCUUGGCUCUGGACAUUACUGUCCACCUCGUUAUUUCUCACCCCUCGACUUGCAACUUCUCAAUUCAUUUCAGCAAUAUCGCCCUGUCCAAUUCAAUGCGACCCGACCGGAAAUGAUUCAUCUGCUUGGACAUAUUACCAUGACUUCAGCCAGCUGGACGCCUGCGAUGGCACCGUGCUUUUCCAGAUGAACAUUUACAACAACAUCACAAGUGGGAAAAACUUCUACUUCCGGUCCUGCACGGCUUCUGGUGGGACUGUACUUCCAGAUGGCACGGCCGGAGUGAAAAGUCGGAACGACACUGCCACCAUACAACCAGGCCGAAGGGACGUUCUUGCGUUGAAACUGCGUCCGAGGCAGGCCUUAUCGCUCAACGCCACUGCACCAUCACCAGCUCCAUUGCAGUUGACUAGCUGGAACGAUGGAGGCAAUGCCGAUAUUACAGCCGCUCAAUCCGCUGUUGGGGAGCUGGCUGCUUAUAUCGAUAGAUCGAGUGCCUCUUCUGUCAUCUCCAAGUUCCACGAUGAAGUUGCGCGGAAUUCUCAAUCGGGACUUGCUGCACAGACCUGCGAUGGUGCAUCGAACAAGACCAUCGGCCCUCAAUACUUUGGUAUUGUCUACUUUGGAUCCUCAAAUGUCGUCGCAGUCCAACAUGCCCUACUUAGCUGGAAUGAAGCACGCUGUGUUGACGGCGACGACACUAAAUCAUGGAGUGGCGUGCAGGUGAAUAGGGUUCCCGGGACUGAUAUCUCCAUCACUCCCGCGUCCGAGCCAGAGUCGCACAAAAGAUCGAGGAGUUUACAUCCAAGAGCUACUUGCCGGUACACGCAAGUGCAGUCUGGAGAUGGCUGUUAUGCGAUCGCACAGCGCUGCGGUAUAUCACAGAGUGAUCUUGAGUCCUACAACGGUGGCUCAAAAUUCUGCAGCACCCUCCAGCCCAACCAGUAUGUCUGCUGUUCAUCAGGAAGUUUGCCAGACGUCACGCCCCAGCCCAAGUCGGAUGGCAGUUGCUACGCCUACACUAUUGUGGCGAACGACUACUGCGCCGCCAUCGCACAAGCGCACCAAAUGACAGUGCAGGAUAUCGAAAACCGCAACUCUCAGACUUGGGGCUGGACAGGCUGUGCGAACCUGUUCAUCGGCAUGAGUAUUUGCUUGAGUACAGGCGUGCCACCUUUCCCGGCCAACGUUCCCAAUUCAGUCUGUGGUCCACAAGUCAACGGCACGCAACCCAACCGCAAUCCUUCGUCAUGGGCUAGUCUCAACCCUUGCCCUCUUAACGCUUGCUGCGAUGUGUUUGGUCAAUGCGUCCAUCUACUAACGCAGAAGUGUUCAUGUACUGACUACGACAGUGAUACUGGAAAUCCCGGCACGGCGAAGCCCGGCAGCAAUGGGUGCAUAUCGAAUUGCGGGACCGACAUCAUCUCCAGCUCACCAGUAUCCAAGUUCGAAAGACUCGGCUACUACGAAGCAUUCAGCGUCGACAGGCCUUGCGACCAUCUCGCAGUCAACGCCAUUCCUGACCGGUACACCAUCGUACACUGGGCUUUCGCCUCCAUCUCGGACAGCUACCAGCCAUCCAUAAGCCCUUAUGAGGAUUUAUGGGCGGACUUCAAAGCAGCCAAGGGAUACAAGAGGAUUGUAUCCUUUGGAGGAUGGACAUUCUCGACGGCGCCCAGUAGCUACGACAUCUUAAGAACGGGAGUGAUGUCUGAAAACAGACAGACCUUUGCCAAUAACAUCGCAAACUUCGUUCGAAAUGAAGGACUCGACGGUGUGGAUAUUGACUGGGAGUAUCCCGGUGCUCCCGACGACGAGGGCGAGAAUAUCCCCAUCGACUCUCCUGACAGUGGACCGAACUACUUGGAGUUCCUCAAGCUUCUCAAGGCAGCACUUCCCAGUGGAACGACUCUAUCAAUCUCGCUUCCAGCGUCUUACUAUUAUUUGAAAGCUUUCCCGGCGAAGGAGAUGAGUCCUGUACUUGAUUACUUCAUCUAUAUGGCAUAUGACCUGCAUGGGCAAUGGGAUUAUGGCAACAAGUUUACAAAUCCUGGAUGCGUCACGGGCAAUUGUCUUAGGUCCCAAAUCAACCAGACUGAAACAGCAUCAGCUCUGUCCAUGAUUACGAAAGCUGGAGUCCCAGCAAACAAAAUAAUGCUCGGUCAACCGCUAUAUGGCCGUAGUUUCAAAAUGACUUCAGCAGGUUGCACUGGACCAGAGUGUACAUUCACAGGUCCGUCAAGUGGUGCUCAGGCCGGAAAAUGCACUGGUACUCCUGGCUAUCUGUCCAACACGGAGAUCUUAGCAAUCAUAAACAGUGGUGUUAGCAUUCAGCAAUUCAAGGCGGAUGAGGCCAGUGAUAUUCUGGUAUAUGACAAUGAUAACUGGGUUGCUUGGAUGAAAGGGCCUACCUACGAUGCUCGUAGUCAGUGGGCGCAAGGCCUCGGACUUGCUGGUACAUCCGAUUGGGCUAUCGACUUGAAUAUUACAGGAGGCUCCGGCGCUGGUGGCGACGGUGGUGGUGGUGGUGGUGGCAAUGGAGGCGGUAAAGGGGGUGGCGUGGUCACAAUUGACCCUUCGGUCUAUCAAAACACCCAGCCAGCCGUGACUUGCACGCCACCUUGCACAUUUGUCCUGCCGCCAUGGACAUUACCAUACACUACGACCAUCACUCCGGCCSCAGUCACCGAGACGAUUACAGAGGAGUGGCCUUUCAUUUCAACACUAAGUGGCAUGGUUACGACAACGGUUUAUUUAUCCAAGACAAAAGUUACGACAAUAACUUUCCCGCCAAUCACGACCACGGAAAUCCCGGUUUGGAAUGUCAAUUGGACAGACACUGGCGUCUCCACCAUAGCCUUGACGAGUAGCAUCGUACCCCCUCCUGUCACCCUUUCGCAGGAUUCCACAGUGGUCACGACCAGCGGAAGCACGACAACAAUUGCAGGGAUUUACUGGACGUACAGCCUAGGUCCAUAUCCGCCAGUGCUCACCCCUGGUCCGAACCCAGGAUCAACACCAACCGUCGGACCACCGCCACCACCCCCAUCAUCAUGCUCCAAUUGUCCACCCGUCGUCACUGUGAAACCAGGACCGCCGGGCCCAGCUUGCAAAAGGGGCUGUGGCACAGAGUGCGAGCACAAUUGCGGCGGUGGCAGACGUGGCGGUGGCGGUGGAGGUGGUGAUGAUGACGACUGUAUUGGCAUCGGCUGUCCUUCCGGCGGCGACUGUGUAGGACCAGGGUGCAAUACCGGUGGCCGUGGGGGCGGUGGAGGCAAUAGCGACCCCGACGACCCGAAGUCCUGUUCCGAGAGCACAACCGUCACGGAUUGCUCGGUCGAUUGCAACGUGGGUCCCGACUCGGGCACUUUCUCCACCUCAUGCUACAGCACAACGUGCUCGGAAAAAGUUGGCUGCAAGGCCAGAGGUAGCACGACGACGAGCGAAUCGACCACAGCUUGUCCCAUUGAGAUGCCGUACACCGCCUCCUUCGGUCCCAAUGGAGAGAUCCCUCUCAUGGGCGGCGGAGGCGAUGCUGGUGAAAUUCUGUACGCUGGUCUGAUUGGUCCCAACACUGCGAUGUAUGAUACCGGCGAGUCUGCAACAACGCCCAAAAGUACCACAAGCACUCCACCCCCUCAGCCCGCACCAACUGGCUCCAAUAUCUUCUACGUUUGGAACUGRGGUGGCACUGGACCCAACCCCAUGGGCUCAAACACCGUCAACUUAAUCGGCGCUGGAAUCGCACCCGCACUCGACUGGAGCUGCGAAACCAUCCAGCAUGAUCUCAGCAACGUCUCCCCGAAUCAAUAUCCCUACGUUCUAGCCAACGAMUCCCAAGACGCCCCAGACGUCUUCACCCUCGACCCUUCAGGGAUCUGCAACGAGAACCUCAUGACGUUCACCAAACAGGACGAUGGGUCCUACUGGGCCAGUAGCCAAAAUCAAGGAGGUCGAGCGAGAUGUACGCGUGACCAGCGACCUUCGACACUACGUUGUAGUGGAGCCCGGGAGCUCAAUGCUAUUGUCACGCCGCUGUGGACUUGCUUUGGGGAUAUUUGUGGGGCGGGUGGUUAUGCGGGCGAGACGUAUUGUCCGAGUCACUCUUUCAAGGACUGUCCCUGUUCGGCUGAGCAGUCCAGGUCGUGUAUUCGUACUAAUGGCGGGCCUUGGACUUGUAUUUGUAGUGAUCGAGGUUAG